ACCUCCCCCAGGCACGCUCGGCGCUCGCUAGGGUCGGCCGCCCGGAGGAUGCUUGGAAUGUGUCGCGGGCGCAGGAAGUUUCUGCUGGCCACCGUCGCCCUGCUCUUCAUCCCCGCCCUCACCUGGCUCUACCUCACGGCCGGGAACUUCCAAGUGAAGCCCCUGCCUCUCUCGCCCCUGGAGUCCCAGCCGCCCUCCCCCCCCGCGGGGGGGCCCGGUGAGCGCCAGGCUCUGGAGCUGCGGGUGCGGGAGGUGGAGGAGGAGAACCGCGCGCUGCGCCGCGAGCUCAGCAAGCCGCCGCCGCGGAGCCCGCAGGCCCUGCGCGGCGGCGGCGCCCGUCACCGCGGCAACCAGAGCCGGAGCCACUCGGAGGAGGGCACGGGCGACAGCGACGGGAAGGGCGGCGCGGCGGCGGCGGCUAACGGCUCGGACUGCGCCCAGCAGCCGCCGGUGGACAAGUGCGAGACCAUCCACGUGGCCAUCGUGUGCGCGGGCUACAAUGCCAGCCGUGACGUGGUGACCCUGGUGAAGUCUGUGCUGUUCCACAGACGGAACCCGCUCCACUUUCACUUCAUCACCGACGCCAUCGCCCAGCAGAUCCUGGCGUCUCUCUUCCACACCUGGAUGGUCCCGGCCGUGCGUGUCGACUUCUACGACGCAGACGAGCUGAAGUCGGAGGUAUCGUGGAUCCCCAACAAACACUACUCCGGGAUCUACGGGCUGAUGAAGCUGGUGCUCACCAAGACGCUGCCCUCUGACCUCCAGCGGGUCAUCGUGCUCGACACCGACAUCACCUUCGCCACGGACAUCGCCGAACUCUGGGCCGUCUUCCACAAGUUCAAAGGCCAGCAGGUUCUGGGUCUGGUGGAGAACCAGAGUGACUGGUACCUGGGGAACCUGUGGAAGAACCACCGGCCAUGGCCGGCCCUGGGCCGGGGCUUCAACACCGGUGUGAUCCUGCUCCUGCUGGAUCGCCUGAGGAAGCUGCGCUGGGAGCAGAUGUGGCGACUGACCGCUGAGAGGGAGCUGAUGGGGAUGCUGUCCACAUCGCUGGCAGACCAGGACAUCUUCAACGCGGUGAUCAAACAGAACCCCUUCCUGGUCCACCAGAUGCCCUGCUUCUGGAACGUCCAGCUGUCCGACCACACCCGCUCCGAGAAGUGCUACAAGGACGUGUCAGACCUUAAGGUCAUCCACUGGAACUCGCCGAAGAAGCUGCGUGUGAAGAACAAGCACGUGGAGUUCUUCCGGAACCUGUACCUGACCUUCCUGGAGUACGACGGGAACCUCCUGCGCCGCGAGCUGUUCGGCUGUCCCAGCGAGACCGACCACAACAGCGAGAACCUCCAGAAGACGCUGUCGGAGCUGGACGAGGACGACCCGUGCUACGAGUUCCGGCGGGAGCGCUUCACGGUGCACCGCACCCACCUCUACUUCCUGCACUACGAGCACGAGCCCAGCGCCGACCACACCGACGUCACGCUGGUCGCUCAGCUCUCCAUGGACAGGCUGCAGAUGCUGGAGGCGAUCUGCAAGCACUGGGAGGGCCCCAUCAGCCUGGCGCUGUACCUGUCGGACGCCGAGGCGCAGCAGUUCCUGCGCUACGCCCAGGGCUCGGAGGUGCUGAUGGGCCGGGGCAACGUGGGCUACCACAUCGUGUACAAGGAGGGGCAGUUCUACCCCGUCAACCUGCUGCGCAACGUGGCCAUGCGCCACGUCAACACGCCCUACAUGUUCCUGUCGGACAUCGACUUCCUGCCCAUGUACGGCCUCUACGAGUACCUCAGGAAGUCGGUGGUCCAGCUGGACAUGGCGACCAGUAAGAAGGCUCUGGUGGUGCCGGCGUUCGAGACCCUGCGCUACCGCCUGUCCUACCCCAAGUCCAAGGCCGAGCUGCUGUCCCAGCUCGACAUGGGGACGCUGUUCACCUUCAGGUACCACGUGUGGACCAAAGGCCACGCCCCCACCAACUUCGCCAAGUGGCGCACGGCGACCACGCCGUACCGCGUGCAGUGGGAGGCGGACUUCGAGCCCUACGUGAUGGUGCGGCGCGACAGCCCCGAGUACGACCGCCGCUUCGUGGGCUUCGGCUGGAACAAGGUGGCGCACAUCAUGGAGCUGGACGCCCAGGAGUACGAGUUUGUGGUGCUCCCCAACGCCUACAUGAUCCACAUGCCGCACGCGCCCAGCUUCGACAUCACCAAGUUCCGCUCCAACAAGCAGUACCGGGUGUGCCUGAAGACGCUGAAGGAGGAGUUCCAGCAGAACAUGUCCCGCCGCUACGGCUUCGCCGCGCUCAAGUACAUGACGGCCGACAACAACAGCUAGCACCUCGCUGCGCCCUCCUCAGAGAGACCCCUCGCCCCCUGAACGGUGAGGGGUCCCCGAAACGAUACGGAAAGCCCCCCACUGAG